GGCUUGUUGACAUCGACUCCAACGGGUCGCUUCUGUCUUGAUCUCGCCCUCCCUUGUCCUUUCCAAGAGCUGCUUGCCAGCGAGCACCGAGUCUUGCAAAAGAGCAGCGUUGGCCGUGGCCCCGAUCUCGCGUCGACCGCUGACUCCCCCGCCGCCGCCGCUGCAGGCGCCUGUCCUGCCCGCCCUUAGCCGCCGCAGACGCCCUGCCCACUGCCAUUGCUGGGGACCAGCAGCCAGGUUUCUCCCCCCCUGCACCACCCACCACUACCACCACCACCACCAUAACCACCGCCGCCGCCGCCGCCGCCGCCGCCGCCAACAGACCCAGCAGCAGCAGCAGCAGCAGCAGCAGCAGCAGCAGCAGCAACAGCACUAGCACUCCCAGCACCAGUCGACACCGUCCACCACCACACAAGGGAAAACCUUGCCUCUACCGAUCACGGCGCAACUCGACUCGCUCGUUGCCCAUCGCCAUCCUGCGACUGCGAGUGUCAUCCUCCGCAACCGCUUCCUUUUUCCGCCCGCGAUAAGAUAGCACCUCCCGACGUGCCCUCCGUUGGUACCGUCACCCCGCCGUUUUGUUUUUCGAGACCCUGGGGCGUUCUGCCGCGCUGCGGCUGUCCGUCUUGCCGAGAGGCCCCCGCGUCACCAUCGCCACGCCGCCAGAGGGAUGGCAGACAAGAUGUCCAUCGAUAACAAGCCGAACCCUGCCCGCCGGGACGAGUCCGACGACUCGGUCGAUUCAACCCCCGAGAGAGACCAGAACCCGCCUGCUGCCGCCAACCCCAACGCCCCCCAGGAUCCCCAGCAGCCCAAGCGAAAGGGCGGCCGAAAGCCCAUUUAUGCCACCUCGGAGGAGCGCAAGCAGAGGAACCGCCAGGCCCAGGCUGCCUUCCGCGAGCGCCGCACCGAAUACAUCAAGCAGCUCGAGGAGACCAUCCGCGUCCACGAGUCCAACCUUCACAAUCUCCAGACUGCUCAUCGCAACGCCGCUGAGGAGUGCCUGAUGCUCCGCUACAAGAAUUCUCUCCUCGAGCGUAUUCUUCUCGAGAAAGGCAUUGAUGUCCAGGCUGAGCUCCACGCAAAGACGGGCAGCCCCGAUUUGGGGCCCACGCACAUGCCCCAGAACCUGGUGCAGCCGCCCACAAUCCAGCGUGCCAUCCUGAACCGCCAUCACCAGUCUCGCAAGUCCAACUCGAGCAUUGCUCCCAAGGCAGAGCCUGUGACGACGCCCCUCAACACAUCCCUUCCCCCGCACAAGUCUGCCACUUCCCCCAAGAGUCGACCGGCGCCAUCAUCGCACGCCAACUCGCCAACGACCAAUGUUGGAUCUGCCUUCUCCCCCGCCCCGUCCGACAGCAUCUCGCUGCGGGGCUCCGUGACUGGUUUGCCGCGGCAGCCCAUGCCGACGUCCAACGCGAACGCCCCGGCGAGAUCCAUGAUGCAGUCUGGGACUGGACCUCGAAACCAAUCUCUUGGACAAGGAGCAUCCUAUUAUCCAACCCCGGCGUUUCAGAACCACAUUGAGCAGCUUGAACACGAGUACGACGGACAGAACGACAUGGUCGACGACUCGGAGCUUGAUACACCCAACGGUGGCGGCCACUACGCCAGCGCUUUCAACUCAGACAACCAGCAGACGAUGCUUCUCUCGCCCACGUCGACCGCGCCUGGACACGUCUCGCAACCCCAUGAUGCCGUAUCCGCCGCCCAUCAGCCGUUCCCGUCCAUGACACAGCUUUUGGGCCAGAACCUAGACUGGGACCCCUUCGGUCUGAGCGCCAGUAUGGCCUUUCCGAACCACCAGCAGUUUCAGUUCGACCAACCAAACCUGCGGUGACUAUCCCGAGCUGCAGCUGGGUGAUGGGACUCCAGCGAGGUUAGAGCAUGCUGCUGUUCAGAGCCUAGGUGGUUGGCCUGCAGUGUCUCUGCUUCAUUUGGCUAGGACCCAAACGUGACGGGGCGGGCAGCCCAUCCACGAUCAUCCGGUAACGACCGAAGCGGCGCCAUGGCAAUCCAUGGUGGUGGAUCGAUGAUGGCAAUCGUAUACCGCCUGUACGCCAAGACCCGUACGCUGGCUUCAACCCGCUCCGCCGCGAAAACCCGAUGACUGGACGGGACGCAAAUGGACCACGAGCGAUGCCUGCUUUUGCAACCGCCACUUCUCUUUGCCGCCGCACCUGUUUAGGCGAUACGGUCAAUCUGUGUGCGGUCUACCUGCCUAGAUAUGCCAGCCUCCAUUGCGAGUCUGAGUUGCCACUCUGGGUGGGGGGUUUUCUGGCACUUCGAAGAGGGUCCCAUCUCGAUUUAUAAGCGUCAGACUCGGCAUGUGUCAAUAUUAGAUGCUGAGGGACGCUGCCGGACAGUCCGGCUUCUCGACAAUGUCGUUGUUUUACGAAUGUUACUUUUGACGCGCGCUUUUCGCAAUAUGGAAUUUCUCCAACGCCAGCGCCUUCGUGGUGCCGCACCUCUCGGGAAGAUGGUGCGAAUAUACCCAUGGCUAUAUGCUCUGCAAAGGCGGACUCAAAAAAGAACAAAAAUACCGGGAAAGGUUUAAUCAAAAGUGUUUACUAUAACGCUCGGCUUCUGGCGUUUAUGGGCUGGGAUGGGUAGCCGGCCGCGCUCAUCACUGACGGACGGCACCGCAAACCAACAAAGAAAAGGGGCCACGCUCGCUGUGGCUUCGGCUGGAAGAAUAGCCCUGUAGCGUGUCUUUGUCAAUGAGUAUUCGUGUCAUUUCGAGUACAUGUGGGUUGGAAUGUGUUGUCGACUUCCGAGUGGGUGGACAUAUGUGGGCUUCACUUCAUGUACAUGGCCUUGGUUGUCUUGUUGUUGUUGUACCGGAAGGCUGUCGUUUUUUUUCUUGGCAUAGUACGAUUUAUGAGACGAAACGAAGACAGAGCAAUGGGACAUGCAUUAUGGCCG